AUGUCAACUGACAUCAAGGAAUCUAUCAUAAAGAGGAAGGAUCUCUUCCUCUUUAUAAUAAUCAGAAGUGCAGGUGUGGAUUUCCGAGUGACAUCGAUGAAUAUUGAUGGUAAUCGGGUAAAAUUGGCCAUAUGGGACACUGCCGGACAGGAACGAUUCCGAACUCUCACACCGAGCUAUUACAGAGGGGCACAGGGUGUGAUUUGUGUAUACGAUGUGACCAACCGCAGCUCUUUCGAAAAUCUUGACCAUUGGAUGACUGAAGUGGAGACUUACAUAACUAAAGGAGACGCCGUCAAGAUGAUAGUAGGGAACAAAAUCGAUAUGCCAAAUCGUGAAGUAUCUCGUGAAGAAGGCCUUAAGUUUGCUAAACGCCACCGAGCUUUAUUCAUCGAGGCAAGUGCAAAAACCAAAGAAGGUGUGCAAUGUGCAUUUGAAGAACUUAUU